AUGACAGACCUACCAGGCCACCCUUUCAUGCUGCCGCCCUCGGCUGCAGCAGGGAUCAUGGCCCUCUCACGCUCGCCUUCUGUACACGCGGGUGACGCGGGAGAAGUGCAUAUGACGCUACGGUAUCCCGACGACAGCGAAGACGACGACGCAGUCGAUCCCAUGGACAACCGCGAGAGCGCGGCAUCGAUAUCCAUCUCGGCGAGCACUCAGGCUUCGACUAUCAGCGUAGACACCCCAAGCGCCCGUCGGACAAGCCAGCGCCUAUCGGGGCGGAGUUCUCACAAAUACGGCGCUGGGAAGAGCGAAAGAAGGGGCAGAAAACCUAAGUUCGCACGCGACCAAAGGGCUACGAUACGGGCGAUGGACCAGCGCGGCUACUCCAUCGGCGAUAUCAAGGUCGCCUUCCCGGCCUCCGAUCUGACCAUCAAGAGCAUCAUCACGAACAGCGGGAGGAGGGACGAUCUUUCGGAGGAUCAGUCAUACGUAGAUGCUGAAAUUAUGCAGAAGUAUCCGGCGAAGAAUGGUUCCAGCUCCUCUGCUUGUCGUGCAUCGCAAAUUGUCCCUUCGAAGCGGAGGCAAGAGACUAUCGUUCCGGCGCCCGUACCCGGUGCAUAUGCCGAGGCUUUCGACCUGCGAGCGAUGUCAAAGCAGCCCAUAACUACGGGAAAAUCCUGUGUCGCCGGCCUCGAGGCUCACGCCUCACGCGAUACCAAUCCACCUGCUGAUUCCGUCGGCCAAAUUACGGGCGCGGGGACCGCCUCCACCAUCCAGGGUUCUCAUCACCCGACGACUGCUUCGGCCUCGAUGCUUGCCGGAACCACACAAAACGCUUCCUCGUCGACCACCAUCCCGUCCGCCAAAACUCUCAAGGUCGACUUCGCCGCCGCCUUCCUCGCCAAUCUCGACGUCGACUUAUCCGCGCACCACGACGCUCUCGUCAAGUGCUAUCUCGGCACUGCGCAAGAUGUAAAGAGCCGACGCGACUGGCCGAUCGAGUGGUUCCGCAUCAUCUUGGAUCGGGAAGUACCUGGCGCGUCGGUCUUCGAGCGCUUCGUGCUGGCGCGGGCGUUCAAGUUGAUUAAGGAUGAUGGCUCGAUGGAGAAGAGCUUGAUGAGAACUCGCUUGGACGAGGCACCGCAGGUCUGGACGACGUCGAGCGCCGGAUUCUUCGAGGGUCUCGCUCUUGAUCUUUCGCCGGUAUUCCCCGACUUCCAUAGCGCCGGCCUCGGACUCUUGGGACCUAUUCUGGCCAUGGCUGGCUGGUCGGAGGACACGCGUCGAGCGCUCUUUGACGAAGCGCUGCCGAACCUGAAGGCCAUUCACCGCUUCGUCUUCGAGCGCGAACUAAAGGGCAUCGGCGCGGCCGCCCAGUCGUCUCCUACCAUCAUACAGGAGCUUGUCGCGGCCGUGCAAGCGCGGCAUCUCACUGGACACAAGACCGAUGCUACGACCCGACCGCUCCCUCCCACAUUCCUCGCCAACUUGGAUCAUGACCUAUUGUAUAUCGCGGGCGGUCUGAGCACCUGUGGGAUCGCAACCGUCGAAGAUGUUGUCUCGCUACGCUCAUGGCACGCCGAAGAUUUGCACAACAUGCUCCGCCAAGUCCUUCCGAAGCUUGUACCUGUCGAGCGUCACGUCCUCGUGCGGGGCAUCAAGAACAGUCUGGGCUUGGAGAUGGGUGAACAUUCAAAAAGCGCGCUUCGGUACAAGCUCGACGCCCAUCCGGACCUCGGAAAGCGUACGAUUGUUGAGUUCCUCUCAGCGUCACCCUACGAUCUAGCGAAGUUCGCGCCGCGGCUGGAGGGCGCGGGUCUCAGCACGCUCGAAUCUGUCUUGGUGCUCGCUGAGUGGGAUGUACGCGACUUGCUUGCUUUGCUCGACGAGGCCCUUCCCGGGUUUUCCUCAAACUUGAACGAGGACGACAUCGACGAUAUCGCUCUGACCCUGGCAUACCCAGAGGACUGGGAUGAGGUGAACGCGACUGAUGGCGACCCGGCUGACAGCGCGAAAGGCUCGAUGGAGACGCGUCUCUCGGUGCCUACAACGCCUCCAAAGCAUCCGAUCGACGAUAUGGGCGCGAGCGACAACGCAAACACUACCGAAACACCGCAGACAUCUCGGCGCCUAUCCGCUGGAAAGCUCGCUUCUUCUGGAGGAGGCAAGGGAGGUCGACCUCUCAAAUACACCCGUGGCAAGAGGGCCGACAUCCGCCUCAUGCACGCGCGCGGGUACUCCAUCGAGGAGAUCAUGGCGGCGAUCAGCGCUCCCAAACCUGCCAUCAUCAAGUUCAUCUCGAACAAGGACGGCAAAGACAUCGUCGCGGAGGACUGGGCGAACGCGGACGCGAUUUUUCUUCAGCGCUAUCCGAAAAAGAAUAUUGCACCUACCAUUGAUAGCUCACCAGUUAUACCAGCUAAGCGCGCAAGCGACACCCCAGAGUCGAAUAACAGCGCGCGCACCAAGUUCAAGAAUUCAUCUGCGUCGUCGUUCGAAGCGCCUCCUCGGCCUACCUCCUCUAUUCCCGGGUCCAGCAAAUUCGCAGUCGCCCCCCUUCCGCGCAAAAGUCGCGCGCAGCAUCGGCAGAAGGUGGGCUUACAGUCCAAUCAGUCUUCCGCUUCGUCGUCGGCCCUCGUGAAAGGGGUUAGCCUCACGCUACUUGGGACGGUGCACCAGGGAACCUCGGAGGCGGCCAAUGCCGCUAAGCUCACAGCUGUGAAGCCUGAGAACGCGUCAGCACCUGCAGUCCCUCCCCGUAUAGAGCCAGCCUCGAGCGAACGAACCAUCCCAACUGACGCUGGCGCGCAUACAUCUGCUCGCACGAUGCCGAUAACCGUCAUUGAGGUCCAUGCACCGCCACACGUUCCCGACUUCGCCGCUAGCUUUCUCGCCAACCUCGACAUGGACAUGUCUACCCACCGCACAUCUCUCGUCGCCUGCAACCUCGGAAGCGCGGCCGACGUCGUGAGCAGGCGCGACUGGCCCGCGGCGUGGUUCCACACCAUCUUCGAGCGCGAUAUGCCAGGUCUCUCGAUUCUCGAGCGCCACGUCCUUAUACGCGGCUUCAGGUCGAUCUCGGACGACGGGACGAUCUGCAAGGGUACUAUCAGAGUCUGGUCGACGCCCAUCGCCGGCUUCCUCAGCAAGUUCGCCGUCAACCUGUCCAGCUGCCUCCCCUCCCUCGAGCGCGCGGGCCUCCGCACCCUCGGCGCGCUCCUCGCGAUCGCGGGCUGGCCACAGGCGGAGCAGCGCGCCCUCCUCGCUGCGGCGCUGCCGGACCUGAAAGCGCUACCCCGCUUCGUGCUCGUGCGCGCGCUGGGGGAGUUCAGCGACGCCGCGCCGACGCUGUCGGUGGCGUCCCUGACGGCCCUCGUCGCCGCGCGCGCCUCGGCUGCGUGCCCGGCGGCCCCACCCGCGCCGGCUGGAUCUGCGAGCGACUUCCUCCGCAACCUCGACCACGACCUGUCGCCCCGCGCGCAGCUGCUCGCCGGGAGGGGGAUCGCCACCAUCGAGGACGUGCUUGCGCUGCGGUCGUGGCCGGCGGGCAUCCUGCACGAGAUGCUGAAGGACGUCGCGCCGGACUUGACCGCCGUCGAGCGCUUCGUGCUCGUCAGAGGCGUGAGGCACCUCCCCGCCGACGGAGGAAUCCCGAAGCGAGGAAGGCUGCGGGCCCUCCUCGACACCGAACCUGGCUUAUGGUGCCUGCCCCUCGGCGAGCUCCUCUCGCGGUCGCCGCACCAUCUCGUAAGGUACGGGCCCGCGCUGCACCUGGCAGGUUUCGACUCUGCGCGCGCGCUGAUGGCCACUGCGGGCUGGACGGACGAGGAGCUGCUCGCCUUGCUUGAUGAAGUAAUCCCUUGGAGGGAAGCGGCAUCGGCGGGGGAGGCGAAGGGGACGGCUGGGCCGUCGGACGCGAGUUGA